CCCUAACCCAAACCUGCGGGUACUCUCUCUCUCUAUGGCAUAAUCUCCAGUAUUCUUUUUCUUUUUCUUUUUCAUUAUUUCAAAAAUUCGUUUCUUAUUUUGUUACCUUCUUCUUUGUAUUGCGUGUCAAAUCCUUCCUUCUCCACAAAUCUUAUGUAUGAUGCUUCUUCUGCUCAAUCCCGGCGCCAUCCCAUUUAAGGCUUUCCACCUAACCCCAUAGCCCGCGCCGCACCCCGUUUGCAAUAUAAACGCCUCUUUCAGGGUCGAAUCCCGCCUCCGUCAGCUGAUCUGCGAGCUGGGUCCUGGGUUUUUCCAAGGUUCGACACCGAUUUCUGGAUCUCCAUGUUUUAGGGUUCCUCUGUAGCUGCUGCUGCUUGUUCUUCUUACCGAUCCUUUCAUUUCCGGAAGCAUAGCUGAGGAAUAGAAGUUAGGAGAGUUGUAUAAUAUGGAAGAAGCGGCGUCUGCGAGGUAUUGGUGCCACAUGUGCAGCCAGAUUGUGAAUCCUGGUGUUUUCGAGAUUGAGCCGAAAUGCCCCCUCUGUGACUGUGGCUUCGUUGAAGAAAUGGCCGGCGGCCCGGCUUGGGACGGCCAACGGGACUCCGACUCCGAUUUUGGGUCGGACCGGGCGCUCUCCCUCUGGGCCCCGAUCUUGCUCGGCAUGAUGGGUAGCCCCCGUCGCCGGAGGAGGCUCAGACGUCUGGGGUUUGACGACGACGACGACGGCGAUGAUGAGGAUGAGCGCGAAGAUGGAGAGUCCCGCCGUGAGGGAGAAACUGAAUUGGCUCGAGAGAUCGAGUCAAUCAUCCGGAGGAGGAGGAGGAACUCCACCACUAUACUGCAGCUGCUUCAGAACAUCAGAGCCAGCAUGGCUGCUGAAUAUGAAACUGUGGAUCGGGACAGAGAUGGAGAUAGAGAAGGUGAUAAUGAUAGAGAUAGGAACCGGGACAGGGAUAGGGAGAGAGAGGCCGUGAUCAUGAUAAACCCUUUCAACCAGACCAUCAUCAUUCGAGGAGGCUCCUCCAGUGAUUCAACCCAGAACUCAAACUCAAUCGGUUCGCUUGGGGACUACUUUGUUGGGCCUGGCUUAGAUUUGCUGUUGCAGCAUUUAGCAGAGAACGAUCCCAAUAGGUAUGGAACCCCGCCUGCUCAGAAAGAGGCAGUUGAAGCGAUGCCCACUGUAACCAUUGAGGAGAACUUGCAGUGCUCUGUGUGUUUGGAUGAUUUCGGGAUUGGAUCAGAAGCGAAGGAGAUGCCCUGUAAACAUAGGUUCCACCCUGGUUGUAUACUGCCUUGGCUCGAGCUGCAUAGUUCAUGCCCCAUUUGCCGGUUUCAGUUGCCUUCUGAUGAGUCCAAGCUCGAUUCUGAUGCAUCCAGUAGUGGAAGUAAUGGAAGAGAUAGGGAGAGGGAGAGGGCAAUGGAAAGAGAGAUGGAGAGGGAGAGGGAAAGAGAGAGGGAGAGGGAGAGGGAGAGGGAGAGGGAGAGGGAAAGAGAGAGGGAGAGGGAGAGGGAGAGGGAAAGAGAGAGCGAAGGUGGACAUGGUAGCAGUGAUGAGGGAGACGAGGAAGGGAGAAACGGGAACGGCAGAAGGUUUUCGAUUAGAUGGCCUUUCCAGGGCUUCUUCUCUUCCUCAAGGUCGAGCGAAGGGAAUUCUACCGCAUCUUCAUCUUCUUCAUCAGCUGGAAGUCCUCCUGACCGCACUUCACAAGGUGAUGAGAACUGAGCGUGUUUCUUUUUUCUUUCCCCCGGCCAAGUCCCAGUAAAUUAGCGUUUUCUCCGUGUUGCUUUAAGGUCUCAAAAAGUUGCAUAUGUACAUAGUAUUUGCUUAAAGAAUUGGAAUCUUCCUGCACGAAGUUAGUAUAUUUGGACAGUUUGCAAUUCUGUACAUGAUUUUGUUGAUGCUUCUGCUAUCCCAUCUUCCCUUUGUACAAUAAUUACCCACCGAUACUGUAGAUCUUACUCUGGUUUGUUUGCCGUAGCCAUAUAUGCUAAUGAUGAUGUUUGAUUGGGAA